CGCUCGGCCUCAGCUCUCCCGCCUCUUGUUGCUGCGCGCUGCGCCUUAGAAUCUUCAAGGGCUACCGCCACCUCAGAGGAGGGCGGGAAUGCAGCCGCUGCGAGGGCGGAGGAGACCCUGCGGGGGAGGAGGCUGCCGGCGCGGAGCCGUGUUUACUUUCCGGGGCAGUGGGGCGGCUUUCCGGGGCGGUGCGUCUGCUGUGCUCGGCCCGGAUUGGGGCUGAGGGAGCGUGUCUGGAGGAGGGACUCUGGAGGUGCGAGCCCGGCGGCCACCAUGAGUGGUUCACAAAACAAUGACACGAAAAGGCAGUUUCUUCUAGAACGGUUAUUGGAUGCAGUUAAGCAGUGUCAAAUACGGUUUGGAGGAAGAAAAGAAAUAGCUUCAGAUUCUGAUAGCAGAGUCACUUGCUUGUGCGCUCAGUUUGAAGCUGUGUUACAGCACGGUCUGAGGAGGAGCCGAGGAUUAGCAUUAACAGCAGCAGCAAUCAAACAGGCAGCAGGUUUCUCUAGUAAAACUGAAACAGAGCCAGUGUUUUGGUACUAUGUGAAAGAAUUUCUGAAUAAACACGAACUACAGCGCUUUUACUCUCUGAAGACAAUUACUACAGAUAUCGGCAGAGGUCGGGCUUGGUUGCGCUGUGCAUUGAAUGAACAUUCCCUAGAAAGAUAUGUUCAUAUGCUACUUGCAGACAAGAAUCGGCUUAGUGUCUUCUAUGAAGACUGGUCUUUUAUGAUGGAUGAAGAACGUUCUAGUAUGAUCCCUACAAUGGCAGCUGGUCUGAACUCCAUUCUGUUUGCAAUCAACAUUGAUAACAGGGAUUUAAAUGGACAAAGCAAAUGCGCACCCACAGUGUCUGAUCUGUUAAAGGAAUCAACGCAAAAUGUAACCUCAAUAUUGAAAGAAUCCACUCAGGGUGUUAGCACUCUUCUUAGAGAGAUAACUGCAUCCUCUGCUGUCUCCAUUCUCAUAAAACCUGAUCAAGACACUGACCCGCUUCCUGUUCUCUCAAAGAAUGUAAAUGCUGAAUUGAAAUAUAAGAGAGAUCGAAAAAAGAAGAAGAGGGUGACAAAUAUAAUCUCAUUUGAUGAAGAAAAUGAUGAACUAAAUCUGGGGGAUGCCACAAAAACCCCUAUUAUGGGACAAAGUUCAGAGGAGAGUUUAGAUAGAUCUUCAGUUUUUAUAUUACCCUCAUCUGAAACCAAUCAUGGAAAAAAUUCUAAUGAGAAUGAAAGUAACCACUCGUGGAAAAGUAAUUCUGUUUUCAUGAAUGGAGAGUAUGAAUACCAGAAACUAGAUGUGAAAAGUAUUGAUGAUGAAGAUGCAGAUGAAGAUGAACUAUGUGGAAAAACAUUAGGAAAUAAAGGCACAGAAGCGGAAAAUGAAUCUUCUGAAAGGCCUCAUGAAAUAGUCACAUGCAAUUCUGAGAUAUGCAGUUGGACUCCUCUGCAGGUCCUGAAUUAUGACUCAGAUGUUCUGUUUCCUGUCAGUGCUGCUGACUCUUACUCCCAAACUGGUAAAUAUUUUAAUUGUAUGUAAUGUCAACAAGCUUUGUAAUGAAAUUUCUAACAUGCAGCAGUGGUAAAGAAGCAUGGCAUUGUACAAACUGGACAAGAUGUUCAAGUUUUUUUUUCUAGACAGUAGUCAAAGUUCUUCAUUUCAGUAGUCUUAUACAUAGCUCAUAUCUAAGCUGGUUAGUUGAAGAGGAUUUAUCCAUAUGAAAAUAGACCAGAGAUCUAUUGUCAUUAAGCUGUAGUUUUGUAUGCGUGGUAUUUUGCUAAUUAUUUGAAUGGUUGAAUAGGAAGUGUCCUUAUCCAAUUGGUAGAUGCCAGCAAGCUGGAAGAAGCUAAAAGGUUGUUUGGUAAUUUAAUUUGACCUUGAAGAUCAGAGAAACUACUAAAUAUUGAAUGUAAUUCGACAGAAUUGUUAUCUCUGUAUAAACAGGAUGGGGAGUGAUUGGCUAGGAAAUACUUAUUUGGAAAAAGUUAUGGGAGUUAUAGUGGGUUACAAGUCUAUAAUGAAUUAGCAGUGUUGUGAUUCUGCACUGAAAGCACGUUUUCAUGCUGAGAUGCUUAAAUGAAAGAGUCACUUGUAAGUUUAUGCUCUGGUGGCCUCUGCACUUUUGGGUACUGCAUUUAAAGAAUGGUGUGGACCAUAUCUUGAAGACCAGAUCUUGAAGAAAGCAAUGAGAAUGGGUAGAGGUAGAGUCAAAAAACAAACAAACAAACAAACAACUUCCUCAGAAAUGUAUGGAGUUGAUAUUUGCUAGCUGUUUAUAAAACAUUGCCUUCUAUAAACUUUGAGUAUGCAUUCUCCUUUCAGAGACCAAUAAUAACUUCCCAGUGGCAUUCAAAUAAUCUAUUUUAAUGGUAAAAUAUUGAAUGCUUUUUGGAUUUGCAUCAUUUGUUCUGAGAGUUAACUGAACAGCUGUGGAAAAAGUGUGAUUUUCUUCUAUGUUAUGAGAUAAAAAUGAUUCAUAAAAUAAUGCUCUGCUGCCCUCUGCAGUAUUCUAGGAUUUGUACUUCUUAAAAGAUGCCAGAGACUCAGAAAAAAAAUAAAGUGCUUCAUUUUUUUCUAAUUUUCCCACAAAAUAUAUAUAUAUUUCAAAUAUAUAACAGUGUUAUUUGUUCAAAUGAGUUUUCAGAGUCUGCUGUUAUGCCUCAGAGAUGUGUCAGGACAUAUCAUAUUUCCACAUAAUUAGAGAUGAGAGAGCCAGAGUCAAAAAUCAGUUUUCUGGAAGGAUUCAGGAUUGCUUUGUGGUAUCUUUGUAAACCUUACACACUGAGGUGCAGAAACAUACAUGCAUAUGUAGGUUUAUUUAUUUAUUUAUUUAUGUUUUUCUUAAUACGUUCUUAGGAGGAGGAUGGUGGUGUUUGUUUCCUUUCAAAUGACCUACCAUCGUGGCAGGCCCAAUGAUGUAUAUGUUUCGAUACUGAAAGUUGUGGAUCUGUGGACAGAUGUGUAUUAUCCACGCUUUUCUGAGAAAUACCUGAUUUCUGAUAUUUGGUUCAUAGGUGUAUGUACCAAAUGUCA